AUGGCGGUGGACCCAGAUAGAAUGGGCGACGGAGAGUGCAGCAAGGACUACAUCGUGGUGUACCAGGCGCCGACGGCGCCGCUGAUCAACGGGAUUCCAACCUACACGGUGCAGGUGCUCAACACCUGCUUGGGCCAGGGAUGCGGUGGCGCCGGCGGUGGGAUCGCCGCCGUCCACCUACGCUGCGGGUGGUUCAGCUCCGCCCGCCUGGUCAACCCAAAGGUCUUCCGGCGGCUCGGCUUCGAUGACUGCCUGGUCAACGACGGCCGCCCCAUCCCCGCCGGCGGCGCCGUCUCCUUCCAGUACGCCAACACCUAUCCCUACCGCCUCUCCGUCUCCUCCGUCUCCUGCACCCCCCCAAAAUUCCCCUGA